CCCGCCUCUCCCCGGGGCCUCGGCCCCGGCCCCCGGGGGGCCGCGCCGCUCGCGCGGGCGGACUACAACCCCCAGGGUGCCCCGCGCCGGCGGACUACAAGUCCCAGGGUGCACCGCGCCGCAGCAUGGCUGGCUUCGCGGACCUGAACCUGCCGCCCGGGCCGGACAAGAAGUGCGUGCAGAGCCUGCUGGAGGCCGCCGCGCACUUGGGAUAUUCGGCAGUGGCUCUUAAUCACGUCAUCGAUUUCAAAGAGAAGAAACAGGAAAUUGUCAAGCCAGUGCCUCCUUCGGAGUUGUUUCCGUCUUUGCCUAUUGUACAAGGGACAUCUAAACGAAUUAAAGUCUUAAACCGGCUAACGCUUGUUGUUUCUGAUCCUUCACACUGUAAUCUCUUGCGAUCAACAUCUACAAAUAUAAGGUUAUAUGACAUCAUAGCAGUAUUUCCUAAAACUGAGAAACUGUUUCAUAUUGCUUGCACAACUCUAGAUGUGGAUCUGGUGUGCAUAAAUGUAACAGAAAAGCUGCCAUUCUACUUCCGAAGGCCCCCUGUGAAUGUGGCAAUAGAUCGAGGCAUUUACUUUGAACUUCUCUACACGCCUGCCAUCAAAGACUCCACAAUGAGAAGAUACACAAUUUCAAAUGCCAUUAGCCUGAUGCAGAUCUGCAAAGGGAAGAACAUUAUUAUGUCAAGUGCAGCUGAAAGGCCCCUAGAAUUACGAGGUCCUUACGACGUGGCUAACCUAGGUUUGCUGUUUGGCAUGUCAGAAAGUGAUGCCAAGGCAGCUGUGUCUACCAACUGCAGAGCUGCCCUGCUACAUGGAGAAACACGGAAGAGUGCAUGUGGGGUAGUGUACACAGUGAAGAAGCCUCGCAAAGUUGAGGAGGAAGAAACACUGCCAGCCUGCAAAAAAGCCAAGACUCAAGUUUGAGGACUGAACUGGUUGUCAACAGGAACCUCCAUGCCAUCUUUACCCAGUGCUGUGUCUUCCUCCCACCUUCUAACCAGCUCAGUUCCUCACAUACUACUUUAUUUAGUCCAGAGAAGAAUUAUUCUUGUGCUCAAAUGAGAGAUCUGUGGGGACUGCUGAAUAGUUCACCAUACCUGAAAGAUGAUCCUACACUGUGCUUCUGGCCAAGGCCAGGAUAGCAUCUCUCCACCCUGUCCUAGGUCUUGUGGAGUUUGCACCAACUACAGACAACAUUUCUAAUGUGGAACUUUCAGUUGUACAAGUGCACUCUUUUAUUAAAAAUAUUUUCAAGAACACUUCCA